AUGCAGAUUGUAAUGGUCAACUUCCUCAUCAUGUUUGACGUUGUAUUCGUGUUCUUUCUAUUCCUGAUCGCUGUCACGUGUAUCAUGAACUAUAUGCCGGGCAGGAAGAGGCAGGAGGUGACUCAGGAAGAUGUUGACAGCGAUGUUAUACCGCCCCCGCCGUUGUUCGCUGGUGACGAAGCGUGUCAGCGCGAGAGAGAUACGUACGUUGUUAUAUCACCGCCGAUUGACACUGAUAGGAACAAAGACGGGUGUCCUAUUCAUGUCGUGUAA